AUGGGUCAAUUGCCCGAACACAGAGUUGCGCCGUCCGCAUCGUUCACCUGCACCGGCGUUGAUUAUGCCGGACCAAUACCCUUGACCUUGCGGGCAGCGCGCGGUCAAAAGACCAUGAAGCACUACAUUGCAAUUUUUGUAUGCUUCACUACUAAGGCAAUUCAUCUCGAAUGUGUAGAUGAUUACUCGACAGAAGGUUUUCUCGCUGCCCUGUCUCGCUUUACAAGUCGACGUGGGCUUCCAUCCCACAUUUACAGUGAUAACGGCACGAACUUCAUAGGUGCCGACAAGGAGCUGCGAAAUGCUUUCCGCGUUAUUAUUCAGGAUCCUAUUCUGAAAAGUCAAAUUGCCAAUGACCGCAUUACCUGGCACUUCAACCCUCCGGCAGCACCGCACUUCGGCGGGGUAUGGGAAGCCAAUGUAAAAAACGUGAAGUAUCACUUGAAACGCGUAAUCGGUACGCAUGUGCUAACUCGUGUCGAAUUUCAAACUUUAUUAUGCAGAAUCGAAGCGUGCCUAAAUUCAAGGCCAUUGACGCCAAUGUCGGAUGAUGCUUCGGACUUUACCGCGUUGACGCCUGGUCAUUUUCUGAUCGGUCGACCGCUCGUCAGCGUUCCCGAACAAUCUGUAUCAACGAUACAUCUUAACGCACUUAGCAGAUGGCAGCUUGUGCAGAGACUGCACGAGCAGUUUUGGCAUACAUGGUCUCACGACUAUUUGCAUUCCCUCCAGCAGCGAAGCAAAUGGCGUGACUCCAAGCAGAAUCUCGCGAUUAAUGAUUUUGUUUUAAUCAAAAAUAACGUACUCCCUCCUGCAAAAUGGAACCUUGGUCGAAUCGUCCAAGUGCACCCAGGCGCGGAUGGUCUCGUUCGCGUAGUAACUGUUCGUACAGCAACCAGCUUACUUCAGCGCCCUAUUACUCAACUAUGCAAGCUGCCAAUUGCUAACUGUGAUUCUUUAUCGCGCUCUACGACUCAGUCGAUUUCUGUAAAAUAA